AUGACAGAUCCCCAGAAAAUACACCCUUUGGUCGAGACCCCUCCGGCUCGACCGCUCAUUCCCGCCGGUUCAUCCGGUUCAGAGAAGGCCGGCGAUCCUGAAACCGGCCGAUUUCAACCCAAUAAUAAGAAAAUUCGCCGGAAUUGCUGCCGGAGAUGCAUUUGCUGGACACUAAUAACCAUCAUUCUACUCAUAGUCCUCAUCGGAAUCACAAUACUAACUUUAUACCUCGUUUUCAAACCCAAAAUCCCCCAAUAUUCAGUCGAUAAGCUCCGAAUAUCCGAUCUCACUCUCAACCUCGACGGAACGCUCUACGCUAAAUUCAACGUGAGGAUUACGGCCAUCAAUCCAAACGAGAAGAUCGGAAUUCAUUACGAGAAAGGAAGUCGAUUAAGCGUUUGGUACGAGAAAACAAGUCUUUGCAGAGGAACUCUGCCUGCGUUCUUUCAAGGACCGCGGAUGAAGGCGGUUCUUGAUGUGGCUUUGGAAGGACGGGAUAAUUACGCCGGAGCGGCGAUGUCAGCGAUCGGAGAAGCGCAGAGAACUGGGAGCAUUCCUUUGAGGUUGAAGGUGGAGGUUCCGGUUAGGGUUCAGAUGGGGGGAUUGAAAGUGAAAAGGGUUAGGGUUUUGGGAAAUUGUUUGGUGGUUGUUGAUAGCCUUUCUCCUAAUAGCUUGAUUAGUAUUAAACAUACUAAUUGCAAAUAUAAGCUAAAACUCUAGUUUAUUUUA